ACGCCGUGUAGCUGCCUCUGCUGCAGCUCUGUGGUCAACUCGGUCCCCGUGGCCUCACGCACUCACCCACUGCAGUCUCCCCCGUGCAGACAUGGCCUCGAGCGCCGUGAAGAUUGGAAUAAUAGGUGGAACAGGCCUGGAUGAUCCAGAAAUUUUAGAAGGAAGAACAGAAAAAUAUGUGGAUACUCCAUUUGGCAAGCCAUCUGAUGCCUUAAUUUUGGGGAAGAUAAAAAACAUUGAUUGCAUCCUUCUUGCAAGGCAUGGGAGGCAGCACACCAUUGUGCCUUCAAAAGUCAACUACCAGGCGAACAUCUGGGCUUUGAAGGAAGAGGGUUGUACACAUGUCAUAGUGACCACAGCAUGCGGCUCCCUGAGGGAGGAGAUUCAGCCCGGUGACAUAGUUAUCAUCGAUCAGUUCAUCGACAGGACCACCAUGAGGCCUCAGACCUUCUAUGAUGGAAGUCAUUCCUGUGCCAGAGGAGUGUGCCAUAUUCCCAUGGCUGAGCCGUUUUGCCCCAAAACGAGAGAGGUUCUCAUAGAGACUGCUAAGAAGCUGGGACUCCGGUGCCACUCAAAGGGGACAAUGGUCACAAUCGAAGGACCUCGUUUUAGCUCACGGUCAGAAAGCCUCAUGUUCCGCACCUGGGGGGCAGAUGUCAUCAACAUGACCACAGUCCCAGAGGUGGUUCUUGCCAAGGAGGCAGGAAUCUGCUAUGCAAGUAUCGCCAUGGCAACAGAUUAUGAUUGCUGGAAGGAGCACGAGGAAGCAGUUUCACUGGAUCGGGUCUUGAAGACCCUGAAAGAAAAUGCCAAUAAAGCCAAAAGUUUACUUCUGACGACCAUACCUCAGCUAGGGUCCAUGGAAUGGUCAGAAACCCUCCAUAACAUGAAGAAUAUGGCCCAGUUUUCUGUUUUAUUACCAAGACAUUAAAAUAGCAUGGCUGCGCAGAAGAAAAGAAGUCUUACUAACUCCAGUUGCUUUGAGAAUUCUUGCUUAACUUGAAAAAAACACGCAGCCGUUACAGCCUUGCCUGUGGAAGAACAGGUGGUGAGACAAGACAUUGUAUGUAUGAGACACUUCUAAAAGACUUGAACUGCUUCAGAACACAGAAGAAAAACAAAUGACCAGCAAACAUGUGGGGAAAAAAUUUACAUUUUAGGAAAAAAACCAAGAAGAUACCAUUUUUCUCCCUUUAUUAAAUUUGCAACAAUAAAGGGUUAUGGGUAAUAUCCAGUUUCCUGUGUUGCCAAGGAAUAUGAGGAAGAAAUGGGACUUUGGUUAUUUAUUGGUACGACUGUAAAUUGGUACAAUAUUUCUGGAGGGCGGUAUGGUAAAAUGCAUCAAAUAGCUUUAAAAAUACUUACGUACUUUGUGCUGGGUGCUCCUAGAAAUUUCUCUUUAAAAAAUUAUCAGAUACAAAGGAUUUUGUA